UUAAUCCAAGCGAAACUAAACGGUACCAAGAUGAAGUAAGCCGGCUCAAAAAGGACCUUUCUAGUGAGAGGGAGAAAUGCAAGCGCUUGGAAGCUGAUCUGUCUAUUCUAAUCAAAGGAAGAUCUUGUGAAGUUAAUGAAUUGAACGAUAUUAUUGCCUCUCUUGAAUUUAAACUUAAAGCCACUGAGGCGACCAAUGUGUCCUUGAGAGAUCUAAUUAAGACCAAAAUCUCCAAUUCAAAGCAGAAUGAAAUUUUCCCUAGCAACACUGCCACAAGGAACGAUAAACAAUGCGCGGUCAAUCAUGUAGAACAAAGCAAUCUUGUCCUUAAUCGAGUUUUGGGUGAUGAAAACUCCCUGACCGACCUUGCACAGAAGUCGCACGUGACUUCCAAUCUAGUCGUUUCCAACAAUAGACGCGUCGACAAAGACUUAUCAGUUAAGGAUAAUCAGUUAAUUUUAAAUAGUGAUAACAGCCCAGCCGACCUACUACAAAGCCAUAAUAAUAACCUGAUCAAUGGCGCCAAAUCUCGCGACGGUCAGCACAUGAAAGGUAAUUCGAAUGCAAGGAAAUUGCCAAAUAUUACCGAACUCAAAUCCCUACUUCAAGUCCCUGGAGUGUCAGCUACUAUGAAUGAAGUCGACAACAAGGUUGACACAUAUCCCAUUAUCGAUGGUCACCACUGCAGUUUGAGGAACGUCAGUUCAUCAACUUUUAAUGUUCUUAAAGACAUAGAAUUUUUACCCCUAAUCAGUCUCAACGAAUCCCUAGAAUACAGUCAUCAAGUUCCUGUUGAUUUCAAACGUCCUUUUCAGGAAAAUCCGGGACGGAAGCCACCCCCCUCGAUUGUUCGAUCCCACCAGCGAUCCCCAGAAUGGCUAAAUCACCUAGUCCUUGUCCGUCAAUUAAUGAACGCGUAAUUAGUUCCAAUACUGCUGAUAUUAACUAUCCAAAGAAUAUCAAUAUAAUAACGCAGCGAAGUAAUAAAAAUAAUUUGAAUUCUGUUCCGUCUAUUGAACUUGUUUGCAAAAUUCCUACUAGAAUUACAGUUCGUCGAAAUAAUUUAUGUGCCAAGACAAGGCCGAGAACUCAUGCAAGGAAAGUUAAUGUCAACAACUUAAUAUGUGUAAAUUUUGUCUCAAAUCCAAAACCAGAUAUGUUACGUUUUGCAACGAUUAACGCUAGAUCACUAAGAAAUAAGGUAGCUGUAUUCUCCGACUAUAUUGUUGAUCAAAAUAUUGAUGUUUGUGUUGUAACUGAGACUUGGUUGAAGGACAUGGACACAACAAGCAUUGCAGGCGUUUGUCUCCCUGGAUAUUCAUUUAAAUCAUUUCCCCGUCAAUCUAACAGAUCAGGAGGAGGCACAGGCGUAAUGUUUAACACCAAUUUAUAUGUCUCUCUUUCUGGUGGUGGAGAAAUGCAAUCCUUUGAAUAUUCAGAGUGGCAUUUUUCCAUACUUGAAUAUUCUAUUAAACUUAUUGCUAUCUAUCGUCCACCUUAUUCCGCGGCUCACCCUGUUCUACCUGGAAAAUUCUUUGAAGAAUUCUCAAACUAUUUGGAGGAUAUUGUUCUAUGUCCAGAAAUUCUAUUGAUUACCGGGGACUUUAAUUUUCACUUGGAUGAUACGGUUAACAGAAACACGAUAAAAUUUAAUGAGAUGCUUGAAACAUUUGGCCUCAAACAACAUGUUUGUACUCCAACAUAUUCAUCCAAUCAUACACUGGAUCUAUUGAUAAGUCGAUCUACAAGUGACAUUAAUAUCCUUUCGAUUGAGAGUACUUUCUUUCUGUCCGACCAUUGUUUUGUAGAAUGUAAAUUAUCUAUUGCUCGUCCAAAUGACUCCAAAAAGCUAAUUUCUUAUCGUGAACUGAAAAAGAUUAACAUUGUUGACUUUAAACUUGAUCUAAGCAAUGUGAAUUCACAUUGCGAAAACAUUGCACAUCUUGAUGAAUUAGUGCAUUGCUAUGAUGACGUACUUUCACGUAUUUAAAAUACCCAUGCUCCUGUCCGAAGAAAGCUAAUGAAAGUUAAGCGUUCAACUCCUUGGUACAAUGACGAACUAAGACAAUUGAAAGUAAAGCGUAGGAGACUAGAGAGAAAGAUGCGGAAAACAAAAUUAGAAGUAGAUUGGACUGCCUAUCGGAAAAUAUGUAACCGAUAUUGUUACUUGUUGAAUAAAGCCCGAACUGAUUAUUGUACUUCCCUUAUCAGUGAUAGCUCCAACGAUCCAAAGAAUCUUUUCAGAAUUGUGAGCUCCCUUUGUAAUGCACCGCAUGAAGAUCCCUUACCACCUCAUGACGAUCUUGGUCAAUUAGCAAAUAGGUUCAACGCAUAUUUUUCCGCAAAAUUGAAUUGAUUAGAGAAAAUGUGGACAGUAUCCAUGUCGAUCCUCCGUUGGUGCAUUACCGUAAUCCUGAAGUCAAAUUAGAAUCUUUUGAGAUACUUUCUUCCCAGGAUAUUCAUGAUGUUAUUAUGCAAUUGUCCAGUGCCAGCUGCAAGCUUGAUCCGAUCCCACCAUGGCUUGUUAAAAUCUGUUGUCUGGAACUAAUUCCCUCUAUCACCAAAAUUGUAAAUUUAUCCUUGCAGGAGGGUCGUGUUCCAGAUCACUGGAAAAUUGCUCUGCUGAAACCAAAUCUGAAAAAGUCUAGCUUGGACCCAGUAUUUGAGACCUUUAGGCCUGUGAGCAAUCUGUCAUUUCUUUCUAAGAUCACUGAAAAGGCGCCGCCAACCAAUUGCUGAACCAUUGUGAAAAACAUGCACCUCUCCCUACCUGUCAAUCUGGCUUCAGGAAAUAUCAUUCGACAGAGACGGCUCUGCUAAAGGUGCAAAGCGAUAUUCUUCUGAGUAUGGACAGGCAGGAAGUGUGUUUUCUUGUACUCUUGGACUUAAGCUCAGCGUUCGAUACAAUUGAUCAUAAAACUAUCAUUGACGUAUUGGAGUAUCAAUUUGGAGUGACGGAUAGGGCUCUUUGAAGAGUUUACAUGAAGUACUUAUGUAGGACUAGUUAGUGUAACCGCUGACUCGCUCUCUUGUUGACAUUGGUUGUAAUAUAUGAACAACGAGAGUGAGUGUUUCACCGGGAUAUCCAAACACGAGAAAACAAUGUAUGAGAACACGAGCGCGAAGCGCGAGUGUUUUCAUACAUUGUUUUCGAGUGUUUGGAUAUCCCGGUGAGACACGAGCUCGAGUUGUUUAUAUGGCUUCUCAAAUGAAUCGAGACGUAACAGAAUGUUUUCGUUUGCUGAUUUGAAUAGAAUUCUUAACCAAGCAUAAAGUAAUUAGGAAUUCUAUUCAAGUAAUUUUGCAUGCGUAAUUAAGAUAUUUGAUGAAAACACUAGUGACUUUCAUCAAGUUUCACCGGGUUAUCCAAAUGGCAUCUUGUGAUCAAAUAGGUGAUUAUCAUUGGCUGAAUUACUCAUGAAUUAUUAAUGAAUUUGAGAAUUAUAUUUGAAGUCUUUCAUAUUAGUUCAUCAGAUGUUGUUUGUUUUUAAUACGCUAGUUUCAAGUCGUGUUUCUAUAUUAUUGUAAGUAUUCCUUACUUUGUAUUUAUCCUAUUCGUUUAUGUAGCUAUAUUUGUGUAUAGAACGUUCACAGUUAUAAUUUCUAUUCGUUGUAUUUACCUAGGACUCUUUCAUCGUCUUUGUUAAAAUAAACAUACAAAAUUCGAGAAGGUUCUUUCUUCAUGAAAUAGUCAUGGUUGUUGUAGAAUGCUCUGUCCCACAAUGCGAUUUCAAAACUAAUGAUGUCUCAGAGGCACUCGCCAUAGCUCUUCUAUCAAACCAUGGUCUGGCCCAUCAAAACACAGUGCCUGCCGUGUCAACACAACCAGCACCUACAUUUCAAGGCCCGAAACUUGAGCGACCCAAAAUAGAUGUCGGUGUGUCCAUUGAAGACUGGAAUGUGUUCGUCCGGCGAUGGUAGGUUUUUCGAACCGGAUCUGGGAUCAAUGAUACAUCAGCCCCAUACCAAUUAUUUCAGUGUGCCGGGACCGACCUAGGUGAUAGCCUCCUAAAAGCGAACCCCAAUGCAGCCUCCGGUACCCUCAACGAACUGCUUACUGCCAUGCGGUCCUUGGCAGUCAUUCCUGUUGCUACCUGUGUAUCACGGACUGAACUUCUUCAACUACGUCAAGAAAGGGAUGAGGCUUUUCGUACAUUUACAGCCAGGGUGCGAGGGAAAGCCGAGACGUGUGCCUUCACAGCAGAAUGUGAGUGUGGUAAGGACGUCGACUACACAGAUAAUGUCAUCCGUGACGUUCUUUUAAAUGGCCUAUCUGACCCAGACAUCCGCCGUGAAAUCCUGGGGACGCCCGACAUCCUCAAAAAACCAGUCAAUGAUGUGAUUGCCCUUGUUGAAAACAAGGAGAUGGCCCGCAAUGCCCUCCCAUCAUCAACCCUGUCUGCUGUGUCGUCGUUUCAGCGCCAAAAGAACCCGAUAACAACCACCGCCACCACCCCGUCCCAAGUGGAUCAAACGAAGGAGGCAACAUGCCCAGACUGCAAGCACACCUUUAAAGUAUUUACAGAGGGAGCCCGUGGGUGGAACACCAAACCUCACCAAUUGUGCAUCAAUUGCUACAGAACUCGCCGCAGGAAAAAACGCCAACCCCGCCUGCCCCUUGACAAUAAGCCCAGCCUCCAGGCCAUAGAGCAAGACCCCAUAUCCCAGGUGGCAGUAUUCCAAACCGCCCAGACAGACAGACACCGACGACAUCAUACACGUGCCUCAACCUCACAUGGCAACAUCAACAAAGCUUUAGCCACAAGACUUGACCACCAUAUAUUCUCCAAAGGCGAAUGGAAGCGAGCCCGCCUGCUAGAUCAUCCUAGAGUCAAAGUCACCAUCUCUGUUGCUAAGUCAGCCGACACCAGAAUCACCAGCCCUAGCCAUGCCUCGGGCCGUGACACUGUGGUAUCAGCAGUUGCCGAUACCGGAGCACAAUCUGACCUGUGGUCCCUUGAUGAUUUUCUUGCCUGUGGAUUCUCACGUGAUGAACUACGGCCUGUUAGCCUUAGCCUGUCAGCCGCAAACCGCUCCCCUAUCUCCAUCGAAGGAGCAUUCUUUGCAAAGAUCACAACGAUACCCCACAGCGGCAAUGUGAUGUCGUGCCACUCUAUGGUGUAUGUCAGCAGCUCUGUCCAAGCCAUGUAUUUGUCUUAUGAGACGUUACUUAACCUCGGCCUUCUUGCAAAUGACUUCCCAUCCAUGGAUAAUGCAGGCACACCCAGUGAAAGGACCCAAAUCGCCGACUCCGAUGCUUCACCUGACCCUGCAUCUAUCAAUGCCGCACGGUCACUCAACAAUGGUUGUAAUGCGCCCAACACUCCACAUGACCCAUGCUCGUGCCCCCAGCGUGAAGUUGCUCCACCACGUCCGCCGGUCCUGCCAUUCCCCUGUACACCAGAAAAUAAUGAUCGCAUGAAGGCAUGGCUACUUGCUCGAUACUCUUCGUCCACAUUCAACACGUGCCCACAUCGGGCAUUACCAUGCAUGGAGGGGCCAUCUAUCGAGAUGCACGUCGACGCGACCGCCACUCCAAAGGCUUGCCAUACACCAGCCAACAUACCCCUACACUGGCAGCAGCAAGUGCAUGACGACCUCCUUCGAGAUGAAGCCCUUGGUAUCAUUGAGCGUGUGCCUUAUGGCGAACCCGUGAAAUG